CCUCAUUUAUUCCCAUGCCAACCUGCACUCCCCGUCCCACCUUCAAAGCUUCUCAGUCUGUUUGCAGUUGACCUGAGGGAAAUCAUAGAUGCUCCAGGUUGCUUUGUGGUGUUUGUAAGGUUUCAGCAACCCUACUGAACGACACAGUCUUGAGGAGGCGUGCUGGUGUGUGGUAUCUGGAGUGGAGCUCUGGACACGGAAAUUUUGGAAAAGAUAGGAUGGCAAGUGCACUGGAAGAGCUGAGGCAGCAGUGUCUGAGUAGAGGAGCAGCUGGCAUUAAAGGUCUGGGCAGGACCUUCCGUAUCAUGGACGAUGACAACAGUAAGUGCCUGGACCUGAAGGAGUUUCAGAAGGGGCUGGAAACGUAUGGUGUGAAAAUCGAGACGGAAAAGACCAAGCAGAUCUUCACCAUGCUGGAUAAAGAUGGAAGUGACACCAUUGAUUUCAAUGAGUUUCUGGAGAAACUAAGGCCCCCUAUGUCAAGUGCCAGAAAGGAUGUGAUCUCACAGGCCUUCCAGAAACUGGACCGCACCAAGGAUGGAGUGGUGACUGUGGCGGACCUACAGGGAGUCUACAACUGCAAACACCAUCCAAAGUUCAAGAGCGGAGAGCUGACCGAAGAACAAGUGUUCCACUCUUUCCUCGACAGCUUUGACUCACCGCAUGACAAAGACGGAAAGGUCACUCUGGAGGAGUUUGUGAAUUACUACAGUGGGGUCAGCGCCUCUAUCGACACUGAUGAAUACUUUGUCACAAUGAUGCAGAACGCAUGGAAGCUGUAAUCUCCACUCCAUUGGUCAAAAUGAGUUAUUAUUAAUUUGUUAAUGUGGUUGUAUUUGUGUAUUUGUUUAGAAGUGUAACGUAUGACUUAAUAAACUCAGCGCCUUAAUAAACGUGCAUUUACGGGA